CCCGCCCGCCUGCCUGCGUCUGCUGCUUUCAUGGUUUCGCUCCAUCAUCAGUCAGCUCUGUUCCGUCAGCGCGUCCGCACACACGGCUGCUGCAUGUCCUCAAAUCACCGAGCCGGACGGGGGAAACGCACGGUUCACUUCUGUGUGUUUGUCUGGCAGGUCCGUGAUGCUCUCUGCUGGCUGAGAGUCCAGCUCCAUCAUGUCGACUUCAGACUCGGAUUACUCCAUUGACUGGCUCGCCAGCGAUGAGGACGACUACGACAGCCCAAAGAGAUUAAGUCCUCAGUGCGCAGAGGAGCUGCCAGUACCACCAUCAUCAUUAUUAUCAUCAUCAUCAUUAUCAUCAUCAUCAUCAACCACAUCAUCAAAGGAAUCUCCUACAAGCUGCUUCCAGUCUGGGGUGACCCAGAGGAGGCGGAGUCACUGCUGUGACUUUAAAGAUGGAGGCGUUGACUCUCCCACCGCCCGGAAGACCCUAGCAGUGAGUCCAGUUCAGGGAUUUACCUCCGUUUGUUGGCAGCAGAAACUUUCUGUGGAGUCACUGCAUCAUUCAACCAGGAAGAGAGCACACGGAGCCGGUUCAGGUGGACUCUGUGAAAAGCCUCAACCAGACACUGAAAAUGAACUAUUCUGGCACAAGUGCACGGAGCUGCAGUGCUACAUCCAGCCGCUGUCGUCCAUCCUGCGGGGCCUGAGAUCAGGCAGGUACUCUGAACGUCUCAGCAGUUUCCAAGAGAGCGUCGCUAUGGAUCGUAUCCAGAGAAUAUUGGGGGUCCUUCAGAAUCCAAACAUGGGUGGACGCUUCCUCAGCAUUAUACUGAAAAUAGAAGAAAUGCUUCAGAGUUGGUUCCCUCAUAUCAAACCAAGCCUGCUCCACACAGACGACAGCACUCCGCCGAAGAAGCAAAAGCAGCAUCAUAGCAGUGCCUCCCCUCCCUCCUCUCCAGCGUCUCUCCGCAUCUCAGAUGUGGACCCGACAGCCUUGUACUCCUCCACUCACCUCAAGUGGCUUCACACGUCGCCCAUAUGUUCCCUGAAAACUCUCGAAUCGACGCUCGGCCAGCCCGCCGCCUCUGCCUCCCCCCUGUCCGCUCGCUGCAGCAAUGAAGCGACCCAAGACAACGCCGUCUCCUCCAGCACCGACUCGCACACGGAGCCCCCGCGCCGCCUCAGCGCUAACCCUCGUCUGAGCCGGGGGCCGCUGCCCUUCAAGAUCAGCUCGCCUUGUCUGGAAAGACUCCUGCAGGCAAAGGACAGCAUCAUCGCUCCCAGGGCCAUGGGAGACGGAGGCUGGCCGUCGUAGCCGCCCACAGAGGACAGUUGAUCCGGGGACAGGAUCUCAUCUUUCAGGCCCAACAUGGCUUCCACAAAGCCUGAAGAUACUAAAAGGCCUUAAAAAAAAGCAUGUUUCAAAGUCUUCUAAGUCUUCUUUUGAAUCUGCAGCUCAGUUGUUCGAGGUCAGAGUGUGACACAAAAAUACAGGAGAGGUUCUGGGUUAAAAUGACAGCACAGAUUUGACUGUUGUUUCAGUCACAGAUGACUCGACAGUGGUCAUGUGUGAGAGGAAUUGAGGGCCUCUGGGUUGUUUGAGUUGGACGGAUUUCAUCUUUUAAUGAGUCCAAAGGUUAAAACAAUGU